CAGGAAUUAAAAAGUUAAGUAAACCGAAAACACAUUCUCGUAAGCUGAGUAAUUAUCCAAACAGAAAAUUCAGUUAUUUCCUGCUCAAAGAAUCGUUUAAAUGCGCCUCACAGAGAGCCACGUCCACUAACCGGUUCACGAAUUGCCAAAUUGGGGGUUCUUAUUUUUUCACGAAAUAUUGAAGUCGAUUGAACCGAGAAGAAAACGUCGAGGUCGUAGAAGUGGCAAGUGGUACAGCAAGUUCAGUGUUUUCUCUCCAAUUCUCGCCGCUCCUUUUAAAAUGAAACACUUCUUCACUCUUAUUUUCCUCGUGGUUGUUUUUAUUUGUGCUUGUUACACGGCUCCUGCAGAUACCGAGGAUACAACCAAGGACUCCAAAUCGGCCUUUGGGCCAGCUUUCGACGAAAUCGUGGUCGAGUCGCACUUAACAGUGCGACGAAAAAGCAAUGCCAGGCAAGCCCGCACCCAAAACGGCACCACUGAGGCCCCAAAAAUCAGAACCAAGCGCGAAAUAAGAAAACCGCUGCGACAGCCGCCUUUCUCCGCGUCUGCCGCCAGCGCCCAGGCGCAGUCUUUCAACUCGUUCGGCCCUUUGGGCUCCUUCGGGGCCUCGGCCACGGGCGCCCUGAGCCAGAGUUUCGGAGGUGGGCCGGCUUCAGCGGGGUUUUCCGGCACUCAGCAGUACACGUUUAAUGGACAAACUAUUGAUAUUGCCUUUGGGGGCGGCUUUUCCGGCAACCAGGGGGCUGUGGUCACGGUCACGGGCCCUCACGCCAAAACACGCAAACUCAAGUGACUAACUAUUGUACAGUUUUUUAAUAAAAAGUACUAAAAGCUA